AUGGAAGUUAAUAACAAUAACAAUAAUAACAAUAUUAGUCAAAGACUUUUGGACGAAACAGUUAACGUACUUGAAUGGUUGCAAGAAAAUCAGAUCAAGACAUCACCAAUCCAAAGUCUAGACUCUCCAAAAUUACUCAACACAUUCAUCAAUCAUGCAUUAAUACUUGUAAAUGGGCCUACCUCUGACAUAUUGAAGCAAGUUCCUGUCCUCUUCAAUGAAGUCCAAUCUCUCAUUCGAGAACUCAAUAAAGAGUUGAAUGAAAUUGAUGAGUUAUCUGGACAAGUAGAGGAUCUAGCAAAAGAAUUGGCCAAGUCAAUUCAAGAUUUCCAGCAUCUAGCCCGAGUCAUCCUACCAGAGAUCAAAAGAUUGACCAAAUUCAACCUUACUUUUAAAGACAUCCUUCAAAAGGAUGGAGAAAUUGAUGGAAGCAAGAAAGUUUCUCUUUCCACAUCUCUAAAUUACCUUAAGUUUUUAUCAGACAAGAUUUCACAAAAAGCUAUAGAGACAGCUGCUAUUAGUGAUGCAAAUCUUGUUUGUGUAAAAGGAAUAGAAAAGGAAGCAAAGUCUAAAAAACAAAUAUACAAGGAGAGACUAGAGUCUUUUUUAGCCACCUAUCCCAAAAUAGCUACCGCUCUUUGUGGAUUGUCAUCAGGUGGUGCAAUUUUAGGAUUUUGUUCGGGUGAAGUUGGCUUGUCCCUUUUGGCUCUUGUAAGUGCCAAUCCGAUUGCACUGGUCCUAAUUUCUGCUGGACUGGGGGGUCUGGCGGUUGGGACUCUAGCAUGGAUGGUUCUCAACAUGUACAACACCCAAAACCGAAAGGCUUUGGACAAAAUCACUCGUGUUCUCGUCUCUAUCGAAAUGAUCAAGAAUAUAAAUGAAACUGUAAAGCAGACUUGUAGACAGGUAAUUGAACUAGAUAGUAGCAUACAAAGCAAUUUGGAUGACAUUUUACUAUCCUUGGUGGAUCAAUACUAUCGUAAACAUAAUCGAGAAGUUUUCGAUGAACUUGAUGAGAACACCAAAGCUCUCAUCCAAAACCUUUCUAAUAUUGCUAUUCUUCAAGUUUUGGAUAUUCUUCCUCAACAAAAAUCUGUUGGAACAAUCAAGAAACAUGCCUUAAUAACAACCUCUCAUUAA